UAUUAGUGUAUAAGCUUGUGUAUGUACCCAAGCAUUUCUCAAGAGUCAAAGCCAUAAACCCUCAAAAAGAAAAUCCGAACCCUCAACAAUCCUCCGCGCUCAACCAUUAAUGUCAAACUCACGCGACGCCUCCGGCGACGGAGAUGCCAAGGGGAAAGCGAUCACCAAGACCGCCGGGUACGUGGUCUUGUCCGGCAUCGCCUUUAGCAUUCUCAAAGCACUAAUCCCUCUCAACAGAACCAGAAAUGAAACUCGGACUACUAACCAAUCACUCAGCGAAUCAACUCUGUCGAUUCGACCAGCUCAGCCUCUCUCUCCCCAAGAACCCAUUACUAAGAAACCACAUAUGUUUAUGGACCAAAAUGUGCCAGAAGUCCCUGAAUUGCCGCAGAGAACAAUAGAGAUUGUUAAAGGAGAUACUCUUUGGGGCCUCUCUAGAAAAUAUGGGGUAUCUGUAAAUACAAUUAAAGAGGUUAAUGGGCUUACAGGAGACACCAUAUAUGCAGGCAAGAAGAUUAUUAUUCCUUGAUGUGAUCUUCUGCAAACGUAUGCUAUGAGGAUUUUUAAUGUGUAUUAAGAAAGAAUAGAGCAGCAGUUGUAGUUUUAUGGAUUCCCCUAAUUCUUUGUAUGAAAUGUAAGUGAAAAGAUUUUGUGAUGGUCUUCUUUUUUUUGUUGGUUAUGAGUGCUUGUAAUUUAGAUGCCAAAUGCUUCUUCAUAAGAGAAAUGAAGAUGGCUCAAUUUUUGCAGUAAAUUGUAGAACUGCAUCACCCAUAAAUUGAAAAUGAAUCGUGGAUGCCCCAGCAAACAUAAAUACAGGAUGCUACCAGUAUAAUCAUGUUUGUUGUGGAACAGGAUCCUUUCCAGUUAGUUAUACUUUAGGGGUAUUUUUGUCUUUUCACUUUUUGAUGAGACAAAAAUACUCAUCCACUAUAACUAACGAGAUAUUCUCUAGUUCAAAUAAACUGGAGAGGAUCCUAAUUCAUUUGCUGUGGGGGUCCAUGAAUAAUUUUAGGAUUUGCUUACA